UAUUAUGAUGCUGUUAUGUUUGACAUUAUCCUAACAGUUAAUAUCAUAUGGUUUUCGUUAGCGUUAUGUUUUAUGGUAGCUUUUUGCCUCUAUAAAUUUCCAUUAAAACUACCUUACAAACUCGAUCGCGUGUUUCAGGACUUAAUUCGAUAUGGAAAAACUAAAGACAACAUCAAGCGCCAAAGCUGGCAGCUCGUUUUUGACGUGUCUAAGAGAUGUUUCUAUCAUUUCUAUGCGGUGUCGGUCAUGUGGAAUGGACUCCUCCUACUCUUCUCCCUCCGGUCUAUCGUCAUUGGCGAGAUGUUUCCUGAUUGGCUGAUGGACUUGCUUUGGUGUUUGACUGGCAGAUCAAGAGAUGCAUGGAAAGAGUUACAGUUUUCUGUUCUACUAUUACAAGUCCUACUAUGGAUCCAUUCCCUUAGACGGCUUUUGGAGUGCUUGUUUGUCAGUGUCUUUUCUAAUGGUGUGAUCCAUGUUCUACAAUAUGCUUUUGGUUUGGCCUACUAUGUCCUACUUGGUCUAACCGUCCUGUGCAUAAAUCCCUCUUCAACACAAGAAGGGGUCAAAUCAGUUGGGUUCUUUUAUCAGCUCACGUGGCAUCAUGUCAUUGGGACUCUACUUUUUGUUUGGGCAUCACUCCUCCAACACCGGUCCCUCUCCCUGCUGGCAAACCUGAGGAUUGACCACUCGGGUAAAGUGGAGACCUUGGCCCACAAGAUGCCACAGGGGGGCUGGUUUGAGCGGGUCUCCUGUCCACAUUACCUGGCCGAGCUUCUGAUUUACACUGCCAUGAGUGUUUGUUGUGGUUGCAGCUCAUUUACCUGUUGGCUGGUGGUACUGUAUGUACUCUGUAACCAGGCACUGGCUGCCCAGCUCUGUCACGAUUACUACAGGAGCAAGUUUGAAACCUAUCCACGUCAUCGGAAAGCUUUUAUUCCUUUUAUCCUGUAAUUUUUUUUAAUGCAAAAUCUCUUUUAUAUGGAACUACAUGAAUAAAGCUAUUGAAUUGA